CCGGCGCCGCCGCUCUGCCCAUGCUGCCCGCGGACGGGACCGCGUUGCUGCGGGCCGUGGCCCAGGGCAAGUUCCGCCUAACGCGGCUCUUGCUGGAAGGAGGAGCCUACAUCAACGAGGGCAACGCGGAGGGGCAGACCCCACUGAUGGCCGCUUGCCGAGCCGGCUACGCCGACCCCCUGGAGCAGCCGCGGAUGGUUCGGUACCUGCUGGAGAACGGAGCCGACCCCAACAUCCCGGACAAGACGGGGAUGACUGCGCUGAUGCACGCGUGUGCCGAACGCGCCGGUCCGGCCGUGGCCACGGUGCUGUUGGCUCACGGUGCCGACCCCAGCGCCCGUGACUACGCCGGAGCCUCCGCUUUGGUUUACGCCAUUAACCGGGGGGACCGGGAGACGCUGCAGGUGCUGCUGGAUGCGUGCAAGGCUCGGGGGAAGGAGGUGAUCAUCAUCACCACCGACACCUCCCCGUCGGGCACUAAGACCACUCGGCAGUACCUCAACUCGCCGCCGUCGCCGGGGCUGGACGAGAAGCGCUCCCCGGCGCUCUGCAUGUCCCCGUCCGACAUCGAGCUCCGCACGGCCGCGUCCCCGGCGGGCAGCGAGAAGGAGGAGGAGAGGGACGUGUUCUGCUUCCCCCCCCCCCCGCCGCCGGUACCGGUGACCCCCAGCGCGGAGCCCCCACGGUCCCGGGGGCGGCCGCUCAAGCGCCUCAACUCCGAGCCCUGGGGGCUGACGGCGCCGGGCCCGGACGGGACUCGGGGCCCCCCCGAGCGCCUGGUACCGGGGCUGGAGGGGCUGAGCCUGAGCGGCCGCCCCCGACGCCACAGCGUGGAGGGCCGGGAGGCAGCGGGGAUGGCAGGGGCCGCCUGGGCCGAGCGGGUGCCCCCCGCUUGCCCGCAGCCCCUCCGCAGCACGGCCCCGGAGGCGGCUCCGUGGCUCAAACCGCUGCGCUCCGAGGCGGAGGCGGCUCCGUGGGGCGCUCCCCCGGUGCUGCCCGGAGCGGAGUCCCCGUCCGGGCCCCGCCGCCGCCCGCCGGGGCUGCUGGAGCGCCGCGGCUCCGGGACGCUGCUGCUGGAGCCGCUGGGCUCGGCCAGGGCCGGGUUCCUGCCCCCGCUGCCGGCCGGGCCGCACCCCCCCGCGGCCCGAGGCCCCCCCGGCCGCCGCCUGCUGCGGAGGCACUCGAUGCAGACCGAGGAGAUGCGGCUCCUCACCGGCUUCCAGAGCAGCCCGGCCCCGGAGCCGGGCACUUAGAGCCCCCCCAGGACCGGCGGGGCCGUGUUCACUCUGAACCCUACCGAUGGCUUCGGCCGCGCUGCUGCUGUGGGCACUUUGCACGACCCCAAAGCCCGUGUCCGGUUCCUUCCCCCCCCCCCCACCCGCAUCUUCCUCCCUGUCCCCCCUCAUCCACCCGCUCCUCCUCCCCGCUGGGGGCCAGGGGGGGUCACGCUG